AUGGCGGACGAAGUUGAGCGACUUGCGAUUGCGCCUUUUAGGGAAAUCGUGGAGAAGGGCAAUAUAGCAAUUGGAAAUACGCCGAACGCCGACGAAGAGACGUCGCCGCUUAUGCUUAAGGCGGCGCAGAACCUCCUAAGAGAAGGAGAGCGGGCGCUGAAGCGGAUCGAGCCGCUCUGCACUAAGAAUUUCGACGAGUAUGGCGUGAACUUUGUUGAUGCGAUCAAGGAAAACGGUAAGGCUCCCCUCUAUGACUCUAUUGCGCCAGGCACCGUAGGCCGUGAUCCUAUGGUGAAUCGAGGAUUAAAGCUGACCAUUUGGUACGUGCUAGACGAAAUUGCGCAGUAUCGAUCCGAACUAGAGGACUUAUUAUGGGAUUUUGACGAUUAUGUCGAACCCGACGAGUUCGAUGCCGGCAAGUUCGAAGAAUUACAGAAGGCAUCGAGAAAAGCGGCGCCGAAGAUCGUGGAUAUCCUCAAGCGGAUGAAGCUAGUUGCCCCUGCGCCAACGUCAGCGAGAUCGUCAUCAAGGGGUGCAUCGGUCGUCCCUGAUCGCAACUCUCAUUAUGAGCAGAUCCCAACAAGUAUUGUCGUCGACCCUCCGGCGUCCAGUUCGACAGAGAAGCUGAUGGAAGAGACAGAGCUGCAACUAAGCAGCAUGAUGGGAGCGGUAGCGGGACCCGACGAAGGUCUGGACGCGGACCUACCCCCACGAUCAGUGAGCGACCUCGACCGAAGUAACUCGCACCGCUCUGUAGUCUCCGAUGUCACCUCAGACCCCCCGCCAAGACCGCCCUCUACUGACCCAUGGCAAGUCGGUUCGGCCCCGCCCGUCAGUCCCGUGGAACAACAUCCAGGGGAAGGGGACCGAUGGGAGCGUCGCCCUCCAGUCCCGAGCGACUCCCCGACCAUCCCCCACGCGCAACCGGUUAGUCCCCACGGAAGCCUUUCGAGCCCCUUACGACUUCGCCGCAGGACCGACGAGCCCAUCCACCCAUCCCAGAGAGACGACGAUGACCGACGAAUGCGCGCGGCUUCGCGUAGCUUGGGGACGGCUAGUGAUGGGUCACGGUCGCCUAGGAAGAGCAAGCGUUGGACUAACUCGACACAGGGCUCGACCCAUAAGUCGUAUAGCGGAUUCUCAUCUGCCAACCGGUCUCCCGCCAACGAAGGCUCUGCAUGGCCGGGUCAACUUCCUGAUCCUUCGUCUAGCCGCUCACCCUCUGAUACGUCUUCUGUUCUUGGACAGUCCAUCCCCGAAGGCAGCGCUAUUCAUAUGCAAGGCCCCAAAGCUAGUCUCCCGCCCAUCCCUAACUUUCCUCCCAGAGGAAAUUCUUUGGCGCGGCCCACUGGUAGUCGUCGCUCGACUCGUCAUCCGUCAACCGAGUCAAUUAACAGUUCCGUUUUUGAUAUCGUCGAAUGUAUGAGCCCUACGAAUCCUAGUGCUCCUGCACCCCCUCCUGUGACGACACAUAAAAGAAGCUCGAUUAUGUCUGUGGAACCUCUUAGUCCAGGAGCACAACCGCCAGAGUAUAUGGGACAUCCACCCGUGUAUCAGCGUACAGCGACGAAUCCCAGCAUAUCCUCUGGUGUGGGAACGAUUACGAAUCAUUCUUCAUCCACCCUGACGGCCCGUCCUAAUAUAUUAACAGGCCAACUACCAACGGCCAUGGAUGAGGGCUUGAUUCCCGUUGACAUGGAAAGCCCUAGGUCAGAUGGCCAAAUGGUACCUUCGCGGAUACCCGACUGUAGUAUAGGACCUCACAGCUCUUUCUAUAAGCUCAAGGGCUUCUGUAAAGGGGCGGAAGAAGUUAUAGCAGGCCGACUUGGUUUCAAGAAAAUCAAGCGUCCUGUUGGUGGUUUCUCCAUGGCUGUCGUAGCAAAGUGCAACCAUUGUCUAUUUGAAAUCGAUUUCAAGUCGGUCGAGCAGGAUCUCAACAACGACUCUUCCGGUAGUUUUACGUCCAACUCCAUUGGAUUUCGGCUGCGUAUACUCCAAAAGAGCCAUUUACAAAUUAGACACGUUGAGGAACAGCUCUACGGGUGCAUAUUCUGUAUUGCACAAGGAAGGACUGUCGAAGAGAGUGACGCCACAGUAUUCUUCAACCAAAGCCAAUUAUUUGCCCACAUGGCUCGCCAUCCCCGCCCACUUCCCCCCAUUCCCGGCGUUACCGUGGUCGAGGCCCCCGAGAUACCACCAGCCUUCAAGGACAACUUUGACCUUCACUUCCCACAUCCACCGAUGCAGUCUGUUAUGACUGGCCUCUCCCGUGAACUCUCUAGACUACCGUCCGCCGUCGCGACAGAGACGAGAAAGAUCCAAAAUGGAGUUAUGCGCUCACCCCCUGGCAGAGACCCGGUCCUACACUACGCCAUAGGAGCUAAGAUAAUAGGAAUCGAAUUCCCGGCAAAAUACGAAGGUAAAUGGGGUAUUGGUUGGCACGAUGGAGUACGCGCCGCAUUCGAAGUCGAUUCUGUCCAGAUCGACUCCCCGGCCAAACACGAGAUCAAGAUGCAGAAUACGAGUAAUGUCCAGGCUGUGGCACGAUGGAAAUGGAAUCAGAAGGGCGACGAUAGGUGGCUGAAGUUUGACAAGGGAGACGUGAUUAAAAACAUUGCUUGGGCCUAUACCGACCACUGGUGUUGGUCAGGAACUACAUCCAAGGCCUGGGGGAUAUUCCCUCAGUCCCAUCUCGACCCUAACACGAUCAGGACUGUUCAACCUGGUGAUACUGCUAGCGUGUCCAGCUGGGAGAAGAAGGGACCGCUACGAUUCCAGCUCUCGCUUCGAAAGAACUCAGAUCGCAAGCUGGCGCCGUUCAGCUCGGUUACUCCUACAAGCGAGGCGCCGCCUCUCCCUCCUAGCAGAGCGGGUGUCUACUAA